AUGGAGACGAAUUCUCGUUUUUGGCGGGCGGCGCCGGCGUUGCCCUAUGCGACGGCGACCCUGUUCGGGGUCAUCGGCGGUACGAUCCUCAGGACGCCGUUGUUGUGCUCGGCGACGUUGAUAGCUCUGGGUUUGGCGCUGGCCAGUCCGAUGGGCCGUGGCCUGGCGUUGCUUGCGAUCGGCCUGGUGGUCGGUACGCUCGACAGCAACCAGCGCGACCGAGCCUGGCAGGGUUUCGAGCCGGCGCGGCCGGUCGAGAUGCUGGUUCGCGCGGUCAGCCAUGCCGAGCGCGGUCCAGAGGGCGAGGUGCGCCUAUGGGUGGAGGCCGAACAGUGGCGCCAGCGGCGCCGGAUCGGCCUGGGAAAGCGGCGCCUUAGGUUGACUUUGCCGGCCGAGGUCGAACCACCGAUCCGGGGCGAGACGCUGCGGGUGCGGGGCUACCUGCGGCGCUCGACGGGCUUCUGGAACGGCACCCCGCAGCCUCCGCCAGUCCAGCGCCUAUGGGUUAAGAGCCCUCGCUUGGUAGGCCGAGAACGCUCGCCAGGCCUGAUCAGCAAAGCUACAGCGGCCUUGCGGCAACGCUCUGCCACCGCUUGGGAUGGGUUCUCGGGGCCGGGAGUGGUGUUGGCACGGGCGCUAUUGCUGGGCGACCGCUCGCAGCUCAGCGAGGAUUGGCAGCGCGGUCUGCGAGCAGCCGGGUUGCAGCACUUGCUGGCGGUGUCUGGUCUGCACGUUGGCCUGGUCGCCCUGGGGCUCGCUCGGCUGGCGGGUCGCUGGCGCCGGACACCGCGUUAUCUGUUGGCCGCUGGCGGUGUACUGAGCUACCUCUUGCUGGUGGGACCGCGGCCGUCGGUGUUGCGGGCGGCCGCGAUGGGGCUGCUGGUGCUGGCGGCGAAACUGGCCCAGCGGCCUCCGGCGGUACUCAACACGCUGGCGCUGGUUGCGGCCGCCCUGGUGGUGCUGGAGCCACCGCUUGCCGCCGAUCUGGGAUUUCGCUUGAGCGUUCUGGCCACCGCCGGCAUCCUCUCGCUCGGUCAGGUGUUGGCCCGGCGCUGGCAGGCGCUGCCCGAGCCGCUGGCAGGUGGCCUGGCGGCAAGCACCGCGGCCCAGGUCUUUACCUGGCCGCUGACGGUGCCGCUGUCGGGUGGUAUCGCCGCUGCCGGUUGGCUGCUGAACCUGCUCGCGGUGCCUUGGUUGGCGGUUUUUCUGUUGACGGCCGUGGCCUGGUGGUUGCUGGCGGCGGCCGGCUGGCCUGGGGCGAAUUUGGCGGCGCAAGCCCUCGACCUGCUUAGCCAGCCGCUCGAUGGGCUCGCCCGGCUGCCUCCCGGUUGGCUUGGACGGUUGACCCUGCCGCCUAGCUCGGUGUUGGCGAGCUUGCUUUCGGUUAGCACCAUGGUGGCUUUGCUGGCGCCGCUUCGCUGGCGCCGAGCGCUGCUCCUGACCAGCCAAGGCGACGCCUUGCUGAUCCGCGACGGGCCGCGGGCGGUGUUGGUGGAUGGGGGAGGCUGGCGUUACGGCGACCUUGGGGGAAGGGCCUUGGUGCCGGCGCUGGCGGCAGCUGGGAUCGGCCGCCUCGAUGCCGUUGUUCUCACCCAUCCCGACAGCGAUCACUGCCACGGGCUGCGGGAUCUGGCCAGCUAUCUGCCAGUGGCGGAAGUGUGGAUGUCGCCAGGCUGGACCAGUUCCCCUUGCGCCAGCGGGUUGGCGACCCUGCCGGCGAGCCGUUGGCGCCCGCUGUGGCGCGGCGACCGAUUGCAGAUCGGGCGUUGGCGCCUGGACGUGCUGCAUCCGCCUGCGGGGGAGCGCGGUGGCGAGGCCAACGACCGCUCCUUGGUGCUGCUUGCCGAGGUCCAUGGUCGCCGCCUGCUGCUGACCGGCGAUAUCGAGGCCGCUGCCGAGGUUCGGUUGCGGCGCUAUUGGCGGCGGCAAAGGCAUGGGCCUUUUACCGUCGACCUUUUGAAGGUGGCGCACCACGGUAGCAAGAGCUCGACAUCACGGCCCUUCUUGGCCGCGAUAGCACCCGGCCUGGCGAUGAUCUCGGCUGGCCGCGGCAACCGCUACGGCCAUCCGGCAUCGGUGGUGGUCGACCGCUUGAGCGCCGAGGGUACGAAGCAGUGGUCGACUUCUCGCUCCGGCGCUCUGACCGUCCAGAUCAUGGCCGGUGGCCGGCUGCGCCUGCGCCCGCCUUGA